UUUUAUAUAAUAGAGCACCAAACUCUUUCUCAAGACAAAAACCAGCUUAAUUUGGCAGAUGAGCUUCUUGAUCCAUCCUGUGGUUUCCAGAUAUGAAGAAAUCCUCACAACUUCAAAUUAUGUCAUCCAAAGAAGAAAAAGCACUUUCUCCCAAAGCUGCUUAUUCACAGAAUUCACUUCAAGUCAUCCCAAUUAUACUCAUUCUCAUGUUGGUUUCUUCAGCUUCAACAGCAACAGCAGGACAAGAAGCAGAAGCAGAAGCACUUCGGAAUUGGAAAGCUAGCCUUGACAACAACAAAAGCCUCUCUCUCUUGCCUUCAUGGAUUGGAAACAGCACAUGCAAUUGGGAAGGAAUUUCUUGUAACAAUUUUGGAAGCAUAACCCAAAUAAACCUCACUUCUUCUGGCUUAAGAGGUACACUUCAUGCUUUUGGUUUCUCAUCUUUUCCAAGUCUCAUGAGCCUUAACCUGAGCCACAACACGAUUUUUGGAACAAUCCCAUUGGAGAUAGGGUUUUUGAAAAGCCUUCGAACCCUUGAUCUUACCGGAAACAACAUUAAUGGAUCCAUUCCCCAUGAAGUUGGAAUGUUAGGCAACUUAACCUCUCUUUCCCUUCAUGACAACAAACUAUCUGGAAAUUUCCCAAUAGAAAUAUGCAUGCUGAGUUCGCUCAGUGUGCUUGAUGUAGGAAUAAACAAUCUCACGGGUUCAAUUCCAGAAGAAAUCGGAAACCUGUCCAGCUUAACUUUUCUGGCCCUUGGUGGCAACAAUGGCUCAAGGUGUUAUAUCUGA